AUGACCAGAACAUGGGUUAUUGUGGGUGCAUCAAGAGGUAUCGGCCUGGAGUUCGUUCGGCAGCUAGCAAGCUCUGGAGAACGGGUAAUCGCCGCAGUACGCAGCCUAUCAAGUGCUGAACAGCUCUUCGAAUUGCUUUCCCAGUAUACUCGGAAUGGUGCUCCACUAAUCACCGUAGAGGAAUGCGACGUUACCAAGCCUGAUAGUAUCGAUGACUUUUCUCACAAUGUCCAAAAGGCCGUGCGAGAUGGGGGGCUACGAUUAACGAAUGUCAUUUUAAAUGCUGGUAUCAACCAGUAUCCGAAUCGUGCUACAGAGAUCUCUUUCCAGACCUUCACACACCACUUGCAAACCAACACAAUUGGCCCGAUAAUUGUCGCCCAAAGGAUGCUUUCCAUCGACCCGACCACACCGUUAGAGAAAAUUGUUUUCAUUUCCUCUGACUCCGGUUCAGCGAGCCAAUUCCGAAGCCACGAAGACGGAUUUGCCGUAUAUGCGGCGACUAAAGCAGCCCUCAAUCAAUCAUUGAGGCAUAUGGCGGCGGAAAUUUCGCGGAAGGGUGUCCGGACGUGCGUGUUGGCGCUGCAUCCGGGCGAGGUGGAAACUGAUAUGGCGAAUGUGCAGUUGGAUUGGAUAGUGGAAGGUGUGAUCCAGCUGAGAGAGAGCGUGGAGGGGAUGCUGAGGGUUAUUAAGGAGAAAGGUGAAGGGGACAAUGGGUCGUUUUGGUGUUGGGAUGGGAGGAGUCAUCCAUGGUGA